GGGUAUUGUGGUUGCAACAUGUUUCUGUUGGAAGUGACUCACUCCACUGUUUGGCCUGAUUUAUAAACUUUGGAAAGGGGAGGGAAGAUACGAUGGAUUGAGGGAUCAAGGAGGGCAGAGCAAAACUUGGGCUGGAGGGGAAGAGAGACGGUGGAGAACGAGGUUCUGAUUUGCUUGGCCUGAAAUCCAGAGUGGGAAGCAGCUGUUGAAGUGCUCUGUGGAUCUUCUUGGGGAGCAGUGCUGAAGAGCUGCCUCUGGCUUGGCGUGUGAGGAAACCAGACAUGAAGCUCCCAUGGCUGACUCUGCUCUUCCAGCUCUUCGCCUGGGUCCUCUCGGCCAAGGGGGCUGCUCUCCACAGCAUGGAAGAGGAUGAAGCCCUGGAUUUCCUGCUGCAGUUUGGAUACUUACAGCAGCCGCUAGAACGGGUCUCACAUAAGUUCACAGAAGAGGAGAUCGAGGUUGCUUUGAGAGCUUUUCAGCUUGCUUCAGGACUGCCAACCACUGGGCAGGUGGACGUGGCAACCCUCUCCCAGAUGAGGCAGCCCCGCUGUGGUGUGGAUGACCCCUUCAAUGAAAGGACCCUCAAAUAUCGCCUCUUGGGUCGCUGGCAAAAGAAGCACCUAACUUACAGGAUCUACAGUUACAGCAAAGACUUGGGGAUCCCUGCCACACGCACUGCAAUCCAGACAGCAUUCAAGUACUGGAGUGAUGUGACCCAGCUCACUUUCCAGGAGGUGCGGACUGGCCGUGCUGACAUCCGCCUGUCCUUCCAUGGUUCUAAUCCUUGGACCUGCUCACGGUCCUUCGAUGGGCCCGGUCACGUAUUGGCCCAUGCAGAUAUCCCAGAAUUAGGAACAGUUCAUUUUGAUUCUGAUGAGUACUGGACAGAAGGGACUUUCCGUGGGAUUAACCUCCGCAUCAUAGCAGCCCACGAGAUUGGCCAUGCGCUUGGCCUGGGUCAUUCUCGGUACCCGACAGCACUCAUGGCUCCUUCUUACAGUGGUUAUCGGUCCCCCUUUCGCCUGCAUCGGGACGACAUUGAAGGCAUCCAGGCCUUGUAUGGUAAGAAGACCCUGUCAACAACUGCACCUGAGACCUCCCCUGCCCUCUCUACUGCCCCUGCAAGUGCUCUGAAACCUAGCAAAGUCCCUGACCCAUGCAAAGAUGAUCUGGAUGCUAUCAUGUUGGGACCAUAUGACAAAACGUAUGCUUUCCAUGGUGAUUACGUGUGGAUGGUGACCGAUUUUGGUACUAACCCUCCAUUAAAGAUUUCAACGUUAUGGAAGGGGCUGCCUGGGUGGCUGGAUGCCGCUGUGCACUCUCCCCGUACGGGGCGCACUUACUUCUUCAAAGGCACUAAAGUAUGGCGUUACCGGGGAUUCAAGCUGGAUUACGGUUACCCUAAGCCCCUCACUCGUAUCCCUGCCAAGAUAGAUGCUGCUCUCUAUUGGCCAGUAAAUAAGAAGAUAUUCUUAUUUAAGGAUACGGAGUACUGGCAAUGGGAUGAACUGGGGAGCCAUUUUGCUAAUACCCCUAGGAGGAUUUCCACCCUCUUCACCGGGGCUCCAUCACACCUGGAUGCUGCACUAACCUGGGAGAACGGCAAGCUCUACUUUUUCAAAGGACGGAGCUACUGGAGACUCAAUGACCAGCUUCUGGUAGAGAGAGGCUACCCCCUAAGCACAGCUGAGCGCUGGAUGAACUGCUGAUGUUUAGGGCGAUGCUCUGGCUUACAACUUUCAGAGACAGGCCCUUCUCUGAGCAAUGAGAUGUGCUGUUGUUGUUUUUUAAGAGACCCCACAGCGACACCUACAGGUGAUGCACAGGAGCAAGUCUUCUGAAUGGGACCAAUUUGGGCAGCGGAGCAAAGAAAACCACUGAUUUUGUGGAAACUCCAUUUCCGCUGAGCUUCUUCAUUGCAGACAUAUCUACCUUUUUUAAAACAUAAAAUAAAAUGCUGGAUUUCAAAACAAAAAAUAUCCGGAUGAUCUCGGAGGCAACAUAGCUGCAGAAGGAACUAGCCCAGUUUCAGGAUUCAGGAGACCUUGGGAGACUAUAGCUAAGAAGUCAGUCUGUAGAAUAAUUAUUCAACAUCAGAGGUUUUUUUUUUAAAAGGGAACUUUAAGGGCAUUUUAGAAGUAUCAUUCCUUGUUCUAUGGCUGUGUCUAGUCAAAUAGAACUGCAGAGUUUUAGAGUAUUGAUGGUUCACUGUUACUUGUACGUCUGUCAGAACAACAGCUAAGCUUUUUAAAAAAAAAUAAUAUUAAAGCCGAAAUUACAAGGAAAGUGCAUGGAAUAUCCUGGGGUUAGAGGAGUAUAUCUCUUGCAAUGCAUGCACACAUACAUAUACACAUCGACACCCAUCAUUGUUAGGGCAAACUGCAGAUUCCAUGGUAAUAAUUUAAUCUCAGAUAUCCAGCAGGAUGACUUGAGGGCUAGAAUGUGGCUUCCAGUUAUGCAAAGUGUACCAGGUUUCCAAUAAAAAGAAGAAUAUUGUUCUAUGUAUGUACUUCUGCUUUUUUCUUCCGACAAGGAAAUUAUUUUUCUUUCUGGUUUUGUUUAGCUGGAUACAACCAGGCAAAAUGUUUGGUUGCCUAAGGCAGAGCAGCACAAACCAUCCCUUCUCCUCCUUUGCACGGAUGUGGUUCAGAAUUGUUAUUUUAGUAUCAGAAGGAGAAGAUCCCAGGCGCAUAUUUCGAAAUGGGGGGGAAAAAGUUACAGAAAUUUAACAAUGAACAAUCCUUUCCUCUCCAUUUUACUUUGCAGAUGAAGAGGGAGGAAAUGUAGUCAGCUUAUCUCAAAGAGGCUUGGCUACCAACAGGCCUGAACAUAGUUGUGGACCAUUAUUCUAUUUUCAUGAUCUGCUGCGAUUGAAAUUCUCCAUUGAAAAUAAUUGGCUGGGCAAGCAUGAGCAACAGUUAAUGCCAAUCUGCCUUAAAACACUCACAAUAGUCUUCUGUUACCCAUUCAGAAAAAAACGCGAACUCUGCCAGAAAGUAGGUGGGGUUCAUUAUCAGUUUUCUCAAAAGGAAGUGAAGGUCAGCUUGCAAUUUCUGUAAUACAGUUCUGAUCUCAUUUUGCAAGAAGUCACAGUACAGAAUUCCCCUUUAGUGCCAUGUUGGUCACAAUGCCACUGUUUCUACACUGCCCCCCACCCUCUGCCAGCUUUGCAUCAUUGAGAACAAUGAAAACAGUCAGAACAUUGUAGAUUCUACAGCCACAAACUUCAAUCCCGCCCACUCCCUCCUACCAAUGCAUCCUACAUAAAGAGAAAUAAAAGAAAUGAAGCCAGAUAGUCUGGUACUUUGACACCUUCAUGUCACGCUGCCAAUGGGGAAAACUGACAGAAUCUCCUCUGGUUUAUCUCUGCCAUUUUGAUUAACUAUUGAGGGGAAGAUGUCUAACUGCCGAGCCACCAUUCCACCAGCUAAAACAUGGGGAUUAAGAGGAAUGCCAAGGCAAGGCAACCUGGUGGAUUAAUUAUCCUUUCAUGACCCAUCCCUAAGCUUCACAUUUUCAAGUGAAAAGCAGUUUCAGAGUAGUUAUGCUUACAUUAGAGCAGGAAGUAAUUUGGCCCAGCUCCUGAAGAACAAGGAGCAGGCAAUCACAAGCUUCAGAGCCAAUCUAGGAAGGGUACAAACACUGUGUGGAAAACCUGUAGUCCAGAAGUGUCUGUCUCAUUUACCGCUUCCUUUCUCCUGCCAUCUCAGCCAGCUGGCUGGACCUGAAAGAAACCCGAUAGGCACUCCAGUCAAGGAGCUGUGCUGAAUGAAGGCAUCAGUUCUAUUCCUACUUUCUAGGAAUUUGAGAAGGCGCCAUAUUGGGAGAGGAAGAUACUAGCACAUGCGAUAGGUCAUCUCUAAUCUGGUGCCUUUCCACAAGGGCUGAGAAGACCUCGCUCAUUGGGAAGGCACGUUGUUCCCACCAUUCCAAAGUAACUUGAGUCUGUCAUUAAUUAAAGCAGUUGGCAGGAAAAGGUCCCACUGGGUUCUCCCAAUGUGACUGAAAGCCGUAAUGGCUGAUUUUAUGAGAGAAGCCCAUGUGGGCUCCUGCCUGUUUGAAUCUUCGCUUUUACAUAUUAUUCCAAAAUUGAAAUGAGAAUGCUGAUAUGGCAGCAAAAUAAAUCUAAGUCAAGACUCCUAAUCUGCAUUUCCACAAGCAGCCUACAAAUUCAAUAAUCCACUGAGCUGGAAGUAAAUUAACUUUGCCUAGUAAAUAGGAGACAGGUAGACAGUUGUUUGGGAUGGUGAUGGUAAACCUUUUUAUCUGGCCUUUAUUAUGUUCUCUCAAGAUGGAGAACAUAGCUGAUAUUCCUUCUUCCUUCUAUUCUCUCCACAACAACCACCCUGCGAGGUGUGUAGGGCUAAGAGAGAGUGACUGGUC